AUGAACCAAAAACCUUCAAAAUUUCAAUAUACAGGAGCUAUAGUUUGUGGAAUUCCUUCCUCGCUUCCUGACGCUGCGCAAAGACUUAGUGAUCCUCCAGAACCCGUGAAUUACAACAAAGCGGUGCAACAACACCUCGCGUAUGUUCGUGCCUUGAAAGAUCUUGGAUUACAAGUUACAGAGCUGCCUACGGACGAGGAGUAUCCUGAUUGUGUCUUUGUCGAAGAUGUGGCUGUUGUGUGUGACAAAGUUGCCCUACUUGCCCGUUUAGGUCACACAACUCGACGUGGUGAAGCAGCGAAAAUGAAGACAACUCUCAAAAAACUUGGGUUGGAGAUCGUAGAAAUGCAAGAGCCGGCUGCUUUAGAUGGCGGAGAUGUACUGUUUACUGGCAAAGAAUUUCUGGUAGGGCUGUCUACCAGAACAAAUCAAGCAGGAAUAAAUCGUUUGGCUGAAACGUUCCCUAGCUACCCCGUUACAGCUGUUCCAGUAACCGAGCAUCUUCACCUGAAAUCCAUGAUGACUAUGGCAGGCGAUGAUAUCGUUGUGGUUGGAGAAAGUGAAGAUGCCAAGAAUGCUUGGUCCGAAGUGGAGAAAAAAGCGAGGUUUCGCUACGAAAAGCUAAGUGUACCUGAAGACACUGCGGCCAACUGUGUAUUUGUCAACGGUACACUGUUACACUUGCCUGCACACGAAAUUCCAAACAGUAUUGAGGUGUUUAAUCAAAUUAAAGGACCAAAGAUUGAACUGGAAAAUUCUGAACUUCAUAAAGUUGACGGCUGCCUUACUUGCUUGUCCAUCUUAAUAUGA